AUGACUAUUCAGGCAAUGCAAGAUGAGCUGCGCAUCCAGCGAGACCUCAACCAGCUCUUCCAGCAGGACAGUGGUGGGAGAACCAAGGAACUCUUUACGGGAGAGCUGACCGAGGAGAACUUCCGCAUCCUCCAGGCGGAGCAUGAUCGCCAGGCCAAGGAGCUUUUCCUGUUGCGAAAGACACUGGAGGAGAUGGAGCUGAGGAUUGAAACUCAGAAACAGACUCUUAACGCCAGAGAUGAAUCCAUCAAGAAACUGCUUGAGAUGCUGCAGAGCAAAGGGAUCUCCUCAAAGGUGAUGGAUGAGGACCAUGAAAGGACCAGGAGGCUGGCUGAGGCUGAGAUGCAUGUCCACCACCUAGAGAGCCUACUUGAUCAGAAGGAGAAGGAGACCAACAUGCUGAGAGAGGAAAUCCAUCGGCGCUUCGAAAACGCCCCAGAUUCCGCCAAGACGAAAGCACUGCAGACCGUUAUCGAAAUGAAGGACUCUAAGAUCACAUCGAUGGAGCGAGGACUGAGGGACAUGGAGGAGGAGAUCCAAAUGCUAAAGUCCAAUGGAGCCUUGACUACUGAAGAGCGUGAGGAGGAGAUAAAACAAAUGGAGGUCUAUCGCAGUCACUCCAAGUUCAUGAAGAAUAAGGUAGAGCAGCUGAAAGAGGAGCUGAGCACCAAGGAGAGCCAGGCGGAGGAGCUGAAGAAGAAAGUUUCAGCUCUGCAGACGGAGAUUGGGCAAGUCAAACAGGAGCUCUCUCGUAAGGACACAGAGUUGCUGGCGCUACAGACCAAACUGGAGACCCUCACCAACCAGUUUUCUGACAGCAAACAGCACGUGGAGGUCCUGAAGGAGUCGCUUACUGCAAAGGAGCAGCGGGCAGCUAUCUUGCAGACUGAGGUGGAUGCGCUUCGUUUACGUCUGGAGGAGAAGGAGACCAUGCUGAAUAGAAAGACAAAACAGAUUCAAGAAAUGUCUGAAGAGAAAGGCACCUUAUCCGGCGAGAUUCAUGACCUCAAGGACAUGCUGGACGUCAAGGAGAGGAAGGUCAAUGUGCUGCAGAAGAAGAUCGAAAACCUGCAGGAGCAGUUAAGGGACAAGGAGAAGCAGCUGGGCAGCCUGAAGGAGAGAGUGAAAUCUCUACAGGCCGAUACCACCAACACAGACACUGCACUAACUACCCUGGAGGAGGCACUGGCGGAGAAGGAGAGAAUAAUUGAGCGUCUGAAGGAACAGCGGGAUCGUGACGAACGUGAAAAGCAGGAAGAGAUUGAGUCUUGCAAGAAGGAGUUGAAGGACCUUAAAGAGAAAGUCAGCCAGUUACAGGGAGAUCUGUCUGAGAAAGAGUCCUCACUUCUUGACCUUAAGGAGCAUGCCUCCACCCUGGCCUCCUCUGGCCUUAAGAAGGACUCUAGAUUGAAGAGCCUGGAGAUCGCUCUGGAGCAGAGGAAGGAGGAAUGUCUGAAACUGGAGAACCAGCUGAGGAAGGCCCAAGAUGCAGCACAGGAGGCCAAAUCCAGCCCAGAAGUGAAUGAGCGGGUUCAACAGGUGGAAAAGGAGGUAGCAAGGUAUCGGGAGGAAGCCAGCAAGUCACAGGCUGAAGUGGACCGACUGCUCGAAAUCCUGAAGGAGAUGGAAAAUGAAAAGAAUGAGAAGGACACCAAAAUCGCAGAGCUGGAGAGUCUUUCUUCUAGGCAAAAUAAAGAUCAGAAUAAAAAGGUGGCAACAUUAAAGCACAAGGAGCAAGUGGAAAAGAAGAAAAACGCUCAGCUUUUGGAGGAGGCACGGAGGAGAGAGGACAAUCUCACCGACAGCUCACAGCAGCUUCAGGACGUCAUGCAUCAGAAAGAUGACCGCAUCGAAGAGCUGGAAGAGGCUCUGCGGGAAAGUGUACAGAUUACCGCAGAGCGGGAAAUGGUUUUGGCCCAAGAAGAGUCAUCAAGGAUCAAUUGUCAGAAGCAGGUGGAGGAGCUGAUGAUGGCGAUGGAGAAGGUAAAGCAGGAACUGGAGUCCAUGAAAGCCAAACUGUCCUCCACGCAGCAGUCACUGGCCGAGAAGGAGAUCCACCUAACCAGUCUACGUGCCGAACGCCGCAAACACCUGGAGGAGGUGUGCUGGAGAUGA